AUGGGUUUCCACCCUAUGAUCUCUUUGUUGGUGUUUACCAUACUGCGAAUCAACAAUGCAGUUUCAAAUGCUGAGGAAACCCAGACAUACAUCAUACACAUGGAUCGUUUCCACAAACCCAAGUCUUUCGCAACCCAUGAAGCAUGGCACAGGUCUACCUUAAAUUCGUUAAUGUCAUCUUCAUCUCUGGAAGAUCAAGAAAAUGAAAUGUUGUUGUACUCGUACAACCAUGUCAUGCAUGGCUUCAGUGCCAGGCUCACAGCCUCUCAACUGUCUGAAUUGGAGAAAUCUCCGGCUCAUAUUGCUACAUACCCGGAGUCUUUUGGCAAGCUCUUCACAACACACAGCUCCAAGUUUCUAGGACUAAGACAAAACUCUGGCUUAUUGCUUGCUUCCUCAUCGGGCCAAGAUGUGAUCAUAGGGAUCAUAGAUACCGGAGUUUGGCCAGAGAGCGAGAGUUUUAGUGACAGGGGAAUGUCUGAAGUGCCGAAAAGAUGGAAAGGCGCAUGCGAGAAUGGAACGGAUUUCAGCCCAUCCCUCUGCAACAACAAGCUUAUUGGGGCUCGAUCCUUCAGCAAAGGGCUGGAAGCAGCAGGGAUCAAAAUAUCCACAAAAGAUGACUUUGAUUCACCAAGGGACUGGUUUGGUCAUGGAACUCACACUUCGUCAACAGCUGCAGGUAACUAUGUACUUGGCGCAAGUCAUUUCGGAUAUGCAAAAGGCACAGCAAGAGGGGUGGCGCCACGAGCCCAUGUUGCCAUGUACAAGGUCCUCUGGGCAACAGACUCCGAUCAGAGUGCAGCUAGUGAUGUGCUUGCAGGCAUGGACCAGGCAAUUUCUGAUGGUGUUGAUAUAAUGUCACUGUCUCUUGGCUUUGAGUCCCUUCCUUAUUUCAAUGAUGUCAUUGCCAUUGCUUCUCUCUCUGCAAUAGAGAAGGGAAUUGUCGUGGUCUGUGCUGCUGGCAACGACGGCGCUUACAGUUCCAUACACAAUGGAGCACCCUGGAUCACAACAGUAGGGGCCGGCACGCUUGAUCGCACCUUCACUGCUACACUGACUCUGGAUAAUGGUUUGACAGUUGAAGGAAUAUCAUACUUCCCAGAGAGUGUUUACAUUACUGAUGCGCCAUUGUACUACGGCAAAGACAAUGCAAACAAAGAAAUAUGCAAUUAUGGGGCGCUGGAUCAUAAAGAAGUGAAGGGAAAGGUAGUCCUCUGUGAUAAUACUACUGAGAUUGAUGUGGAAGGACAAAAGGAAGAGGUACAGAGGGCAGGUGGUUAUGCCGGAAUCUUCAUGACAGAUCUCUCAUUAUUAGACCCAGAAGACUUCUCCAUUCCUGCUAUCAUUGUUCCAUUUGCUACAGGUGCCUUGAUUAGAGAGUAUGCAACACAGGCCGAUACAACUCGAGUUAAGACACUGAGUUUUGUGCACACAAAGUUGGGUACAAAACCAUCACCGGAAGUGGCGUAUUUCUCUUCAAGAGGACCAGACCCGGUCACUCCAAGUAUUCUAAAACCAGACGUUCUUGCUCCAGGAGUCGACGUGCUUGCUGCAGUUGCACCAAACAAACCAUGCAUGCGAGUAAACAAUUACGAUUUAGUAACAGAUUAUGAACUGUACUCAGGAACAUCAAUGGCGGCACCCCAUGUCGCCGGAGUGGCAGCUCUGCUAAAGGCUGUUCACCGAGAAUGGAGUCCAGCAGCCAUCCGAUCAGCCAUCAUGACGACAGCAUACUCAACCGGGAAAAAUUCUCAGACCACCAUACUCAACCAAUGGUCGGGUCUUCCCGCCUCGCCUUUAGAUUUUGGUGCGGGACACAUCAACCCAAACAAAGCCAUGAACCCUGGACUCAUCUAUGACAUGGAUCUGCAGGAUUACAUUGAGUUUCUAUGUGGCCUUGGGUAUAAUGCCAAGCAAAUGAAAGCUGUUAUCAGACGAAGCCAUUGGUAUUGCAGCUCAACACCAGCUGACCUAAACUACCCUUCUUUCAUGGCCAUUUUUAACGGAACAGACUCUCCUAAAGCCAAAACCUUCAGCAGGGUUGUGACAAACGUGGGGGAUGAAAUAUCAACCUACAGAGCAUAUUUAGAGGUUCCGAAAGGAAUGAGGAUUACAGUAGAGCCUAGUACUCUAGUAUUCACUGGCAAAAACCAAGAGCAAGGUUUCAGCUUGAGUGUAGAGGUCGAUAGCGAUGCCCCGAAGGUGAUCUAUGGUUAUCUCGGAUGGAUUGACCAGUAUAACCACAUCGUAUCAAGCCCUGUAGUAGCAAUCAACUACUAG